GCGGUGGGGGUGUGAGGAGGUGGAGGCGGCGGCAGCGGCACUGGCCGGGGCAGGUCGCGCUCGCUGCCUUCGCCCCAGAAGAGAGACGCGGGGGGAGGGGGGUGCGGGAGCGGCCCCGCGCUCUCCCCGCCUCUGCGCUCGCGCCCCAGUGUAAUGAGGGUCACCCCCUCCCCCCAGCCGGCCCGGGAGGGGGCGCGGGGCACGGUUGAUGGUGGCCCAGAAUGGAUCAGACCUGCGAGCUCCCUCGAAGAAAUUGUCUGCUGCCCUUUUCCAAUCCAGUGAAUUUAGAUGCCCCUGAAGACAAGGACAGCCCUUUCGGUAAUGGUCAAUCCAAUUUUUCUCAACCACUUAAUGGGUGUACUAUGCAGUUGUCGACUUCCAGUGGAACAUCCCAAAAUGCUUAUGGACAAGAUUCUCCAUCUUGUUACAUUCCACUGCGGAGACUACAGGAUUUGGCCUCCAUGAUCAAUGUAGAAUAUUUAAAUGGGUCUGCUGAUGGAUCAGAGUCCUUUCAAGACCCUGAAAAAAGUGAUUCAAGAGCUCAGUCGCCAGUGGUUUGCACUUCCUUGAGUCCUGGUGGUCCAACAGCACUUGCUAUGAAAGAGGAACCCUCUUGUAAUAACUCCCCUGAACUCCAGGUAAAAGUCACAAAGACUCUCAAGAAUGGCCUUCUGCACUUUGAGAAUUUUACUUGUGCGGACGAUGCAGAUGUAGAUUCUGAAAUGGACCCAGAACAGCCAGUCACAGAGGAUGAGAGUAUAGAGGAGAUCUUUGAGGAAACUCAGACCAAUGCCACCUGCAAUGUUGAGCCUAAAUCAGAGAAUGGUGUAGACGUGGCCAUGGGAAAUGAACAAGACAGCACACCAGACAGUAGACUCUGUGCAGUCAAACCGCCAUUCUUGUCAUUAGCUCCUCAGACUGAAACACAGAAAAAUAAGCAAAGAAAUGAAGUGGACGGCAGCAAUGAAAAAGCAGCCCUUCUCCCAGCCCCCCUUUCACUAGGAGUUACAAACGUUCCUAUAGAAGAGCAAUUAAACUCAAUAAAUUUAUCUUUUCAGGAUGAUCCAGACUCCAGUACGAGUACAUUAGGAAACAUGCUAGAAUUACCUGGAACUUCAUCAUCAUCUACUUCACAGGAAUUGCCAUUUUGUCAACCCAAGAAAAAAUCUACACCACUGAAGUAUGAAGUUGGAGAUCUCAUCUGGGCAAAAUUCAAGAGACGUCCAUGGUGGCCCUGCAGGAUUUGUUCCGAUCCGAUAAUUAACACUCACUCGAAAAUGAAAGUUUCCAAUCGGAGGCCUUAUCGACAGUACUACGUGGAGGCUUUUGGAGACCCUUCAGAGAGAGCCUGGGUAGCUGGAAAAGCAAUUGUCAUGUUUGAAGGCAGACAUCAGUUUGAAGAACUACCUGUCCUUAGAAGAAGAGGGAAGCAGAAGGACAAAACAUAUAGGCAUAAGGUUCCUCAAAAAAUUUUGAGUAAAUGGGAAGCCAGUGUUGGUCUUGCUGAGCAGUAUGAUGUUCCCAAGGGAUCAAAGAGCCGGAAACGUGUCACCAGUUCUCUCAAAUUGGACAGUGAGGAAGAUAUGCCAUUUGAGGAUUGUACAAAUGACCCAGAGUCAGAGCAUGAUCUUUUGCUUAAUGGCUGCUUGAAAUCUCUGGCUUUUGACUCUGAACAUUCUGAUGAUGAGAAAGAAAAGCCUUGUGCUAAAUCUCGAGCCAGAAAGUGCUCUGAUAACCCAAAAAGGACUUGUGUGAAAAAGGGCCAUGUGCAAUUUGAAACACAUCCAGAAGAACAGAGGGGGAAAAAUUCAGAGAACCUUGGCCUGAACUUUAUUUCUGGGGAUGUGCCUGAUAAUCAGGCCUCUAAUGAACUUUCUAGGAUAGCAAACAGCAUCACAGGGUCCAGCACUGCUCCAGGAAGUUUCCUGUUUUCUUGUGGACAAAAUACUGCAAAGACAGAAUUUGAGACCUCAAAUUGUGACUCCUUAUUGGGCUUACCUGAGGGUGCCUUGAUCUCUAAUCAUCCUGGAGAGAAGAAAAAUUUUGAACGGAGUUUGAUGUGCAGUUCAAAAAUGCGGCUCUGCUACAAUGGAGCAGGUGAUGAAGAAAAACGAAGUGAUUCCAUUAGUAUUUCUUCCACUUCUGAUGAUGAUAGCAGUGACUUGGACGCUAUCGAUCACAGCUCAGAGUCUGAUAACAGUGUACUUGAAAUUACAGACACUUUUGAUAGAACAGAGGAUGUGUUGUCAAUGCAGAAAAACGAAAAGGUAACGUAUUGUAGGUAUCCUGCCACAAACACUAAGGUAAAAGCGAAGCAGAAGUCCCACAUUACUAAUUCACAUCCAGACCACUUAGUGGAGUGUACUAAGACAGCAGAGCCUGGAACUGAGACUUCUCAGGUCAAUCUUGCUGAUCUUAAGUUGUCUACUCUUGUUUGUAAGCCCCAGCCAGACUUUAGAAAUGAUGGUCUUUCUCCAAAGUUCAGCACACCAUCAAGCAUUUCCAUUGAAAACUCACUAGUAAAGGGUGGGACUACAAACCAAGCUUUGUUGCAUUCAAAAAACAAACAACCCAAGAUUCAUAGUAUUAAGUGCAAACAUAAAGAAAGUCCAGGUGUAGAACCACCAGUUACACAAGAGGACUGCAGCUUGAAAUGCUCUUCUGAUACCAAGGGCUCUCCUUUGGCCAGCAUUUCCAAAAGUGGGAAAGUAGAUGGGCUAAAACUACUGAGCAACAUGCAUGAGAAAACCAGGGAUUCUAGUGACAUAGAAACAGCAGUGGUGAAGCACGUUCUGUCAGAGUUGAAGGAACUUUCUUAUAGAUCCUUAAGCGAAGAUGUCAGUGACUCUGGGACAUCAAAACCACCAAAACCUUUACUUUUUUCUUCUACAUCUGGUCAGAAUCAUAUACCCAUUGAGCCAGACUAUAAAUUCAGCACCUUGCUGAUGAUGUUGAAAGAUAUGCAUGAUAGUAAGACCAAGGAGCACCGCUUAAUGACGGCUCAGAACUUGGUCUCCUAUCGUAGUCCAGCUACUGGGGACUGUUCGACCAGUAGCCCUGUAGAUCCAUCUAAGGCCUUGGUCUCAGGAAGUUCUACUCAGAAUUCAGAGAAAAAGGGAGACGGUACUCAGGAUCCAGCCUGUCCUAGCAUUGGUGGGAGUGACUCUGCUCUGUCCGGGGAGUUAUCUACUCCCCUCCCUGGCUUAGAGUCUGACAGAGGAAACCUCCCUGCUUCUGACAAAACUCGUUCAAACUGUGUUACUAGGCGCAACUGUGGGCGAUCAAAACUACCAUCCAAAUUGCGAGAUGGGUUUUCAACCCAGAUGGACGAGAACACAGUGAGCCAUAAGAUUUUAAAAACAGAGCGCAAAAGGAAACUGAACCAGCUCCCCCCGGUGACGCUUGAGGCUGCACUGCCGAGAGACUCAGAGAGCGGGCCUUCAGAGAGCAGUCCCUCAGGAGGUGGGCCAGGAGACCCUGGCAAAGGACCCCCUCAGUUGAUAGACCACGUAACAAGUAAAGACUGUGCCCAUGUUCCUGAUGUUUCCUUUGACAACAAAACCAACCUGUCGGACCCUGAUAAAAUCCCUGAAAAAAGCCCCUCUUUUGAAAACAAAAAAGACCCAGAGCUGGACUCUGAAAUGAACAGUGAGAAUGAAGAGCCUAACAGUGUGAAUCAGCCGGUGCCGAAGAAACGGUGGCAGCGUUUAAACCAAAGGCGCACUAAACCUCGUAAGCGCACAAACAGAUUUAGGGAGAAAGAAAAUUCGGAGUGUGCCUUUGGGGUCUUGCUUCCUGAUGACCCUUUAAAAAAGGAGGCUGAGUUAUCAGCACCUAAGGCCCCUCCUGUGAACACACCUGAGGACGCAGUGCCAGAUCCAAACCACACUGGCCGUUUAGAUUCCGUGGCGCCGAGUUUGAGUGUCUGUGAUAAAUCCAGCGCCAGCGUUGACGAGUUGGACAAGGAGCCAGCGAUUCCCAACUUGACUCCCCAGACUGAACUCCCCGAACCAGCUGUAAGAUCAGAGAAGAAACGCCUGAGGAAGCCGAGCAAGUGGCUUCUGGAAUAUACAGAAGAAUAUGACCAGAUAUUUGCUCCUAAGAAAAAACAAAAGAAAUUACAGGAACAAGUACACAAGGUAAGUUCACGCUGUGAAGAAGAAAGCCUAACUCGAUGUCGAUCUAGUGCUCAGAACAAGCAUGCGGAUGAGAAUUCUUCGAUGUCAACCAAAGAAGAGCCUCCAGUCCUUGAAAGGGAGGCUCCCUUUUUGGAAGGGUCCUUGGCUCACUCAGAACUUGGCGGUGGACAUGCUGAGUUGCCACAGCUGACCUUGUCUGUGCCUGUGGCUCCAGAAAUCUCUCCACGGCCUGCCCCAGAGCCUGAGGAGUUGCUAGUUAAAACACCAGGAAAUUAUGAAAGUAAACGCCAGAGGAAACCAACAAAGAAACUUCUUGAAUCCAAUGAUUUAGACCCUGGAUUUAUGCCCAAGAAAGGGGAUCUUGGCCUUUCUAAAAAGUGUUAUCAAACUGGUCGCUUGGAGAAUGACAUUAAUGAAUCAUGUGCUGCAUCUCAUUCUAAAGAAUUUGGAGGUUCCACCAGGAUAUUUGAUAGACCACGGAAGCGAAAACGGCAGCGACAUGUGGCAGCUAAGAUGCACUGUAAGAAAGUGAGAAGUGAGGACUCUUCCAAAGAAACUGCAGGCUUAGAGGGAGAGCUGAUGCCGCACAGAAUGGCUGCGAGCCCCAAGGACUCAGUAGAGGAGGGUGGAGAGCAAGACCCGGGGCUGCCUGCUUCCAAGAAGCUGCAGGGCGAACGAGGCGGAGGAGCUGCGCUUAAGGAGAAUGUUUGUCAGAAUUGUGAGAAGCUGGGUGAGCUGUUGUUAUGUGAGGCUCAGUGCUGCGGGGCCUUCCACCUGGAGUGCCUUGGAUUAACUGAGAUGCCCAGAGGGAAAUUUAUCUGCAAUGAAUGUCGCACAGGAAUACACACCUGUUUUGUAUGCAAGCAGAGUGGCGAAGAUGUUAAAAGGUGCCUUUUGCCCUUGUGUGGAAAGUUUUACCAUGAAGAGUGUAUCCAGAAGUACCCGCCCACCGUCGUGCAGAACAAGGGUUUCCGGUGCUCCCUGCACAUCUGUAUCACUUGUCAUGCUGCUAACCCAGCCAGUGUCUCUGCAUCUAAAGGUCGUCUGAUGCGCUGUGUCCGCUGUCCUGUGGCUUAUCAUGCCAAUGACUUCUGUCUGGCGGCUGGCUCAAAGAUCCUCGCAUCUAAUAGUAUCAUCUGCCCCAAUCACUUCACCCCCAGGCGGGGCUGUCGAAACCAUGAACAUGUUAAUGUUAGCUGGUGCUUUGUAUGUUCUGAAGGAGGCAGCCUCCUGUGCUGUGAUUCUUGCCCUGCUGCUUUUCAUCGUGAAUGCCUCAACAUUGAUAUCCCUGAAGGAAAUUGGUAUUGCAACGACUGUAAGGCAGGCAAAAAGCCACAUUACAGGGAAAUUGUCUGGGUAAAAGUUGGACGAUACAGGUGGUGGCCAGCUGAGAUCUGCCAUCCUCGAGCUGUUCCUUCUAAUAUUGAUAAGAUGAGACAUGAUGUCGGCGAGUUUCCUGUGCUCUUCUUUGGAUCUAAUGACUAUCUGUGGACUCACCAGGCCCGAGUCUUUCCUUACAUGGAAGGAGAUGUGAGCAGCAAGGAUAAGAUGGGCAAAGGAGUGGAUGGAACAUACAAAAAAGCUCUUCAGGAGGCUGCAGCAAGGUUUGAGGAAUUAAAGGCCCAGAAAGAGCUAAGACAGCUGCAGGAAGACCGAAAGAAUGACAAGAAGCCACCGCCUUAUAAACAUAUAAAGGUCAACCGUCCCAUUGGACGGGUGCAGAUCUUCACUGCAGACUUGUCUGAAAUCCCCCGAUGCAACUGCAAAGCCACUGACGAGAGCCCCUGUGGGGUAGACUCCGAGUGCAUCAACCGCAUGCUGCUCUAUGAGUGCCACCCCACGGUGUGUCCUGCAGGGGGCCGCUGCCAAAACCAGUGCUUCUCUAAGCGCCAGUACCCCGAGGUUGAGAUUUUUCGCACAUUACAGAGGGGCUGGGGUCUCCGGACAAAGACGGAUAUUAAAAAGGGUGAAUUUGUCAAUGAAUAUGUGGGUGAGCUAAUAGAUGAAGAGGAGUGCAGGGCUCGAAUCCGCCAUGCCCAAGAACAUGACAUCACCAAUUUCUAUAUGCUCACCCUCGACAAAGACCGAAUCAUUGACGCUGGUCCUAAAGGAAACUAUGCCCGCUUCAUGAAUCACUGUUGCCAACCCAACUGUGAAACUCAGAAGUGGUCAGUGAAUGGAGAUACGCGUGUUGGCCUUUUCGCUUUGAGUGACAUUAAAGCAGGCACUGAACUUACCUUCAACUACAACCUAGAAUGCCUUGGGAAUGGAAAGACCGUUUGCAAAUGUGGAGCCCCGAACUGCAGUGGCUUUUUGGGUGUAAGGCCAAAGAAUCAACCCAUUGCCACGGAAGAAAAGUCAAAGAAAUUCAGGAAGAAGCAACAGGGGAAGCGCAGGACCCAAGGUGAAAUCACAAAGGAACGAGAGGAUGAGUGUUUCAGCUGUGGGGAUGCUGGCCAGCUUGUCUCCUGUAAGAAGCCAGGUUGCCCAAAAGUUUACCAUGCAGACUGUCUCAAUCUAACCAAGCGACCAGCAGGGAAAUGGGAGUGUCCUUGGCACCAGUGUGACAUCUGUGGGAAAGAAGCAGCUUCCUUUUGUGAGAUGUGUCCCAGCUCCUUUUGCAAGCAGCAUCGGGAAGGGAUGCUCUUCAUCUCCAAAUUGGAUGGGCGUCUGUCUUGUACUGAGCAUGACCCUUGUGGGCCCAACCCUUUGGAGCCUGGGGAGAUCCGUGAGUAUGUGCCUCCCCCAAUACCGCUGCCUCCAGGCUCAAAUACUCACCUGGCAGAGCAAUCAUCAGGAACAGCUGCUCAGGACCCCAAGAUACCAGAUAAGCCACCUGCUGACACCAACCAGACACUGUCCAAAAAAGCAGGGACUUGCCAGAAGCCACCGCUGCCUGAAAGACCAACUCCUGACAGGACUGAGUCUAGGCCUCAGCCUGUGGAUAGGGUCAGGGACCUUGCUGGAUCAGGGACCAAACCCCAAUCCUUGGCAUCCAGCCAGAAGCCACCGGACAGGCCUUCUGCAGUGGCAGCAGGACCAAGACCCCAGCCAUCUGAUAAACCCUCUCCAGUGACCGGCCCAAGCUCCUCAUCCUCAGUGAGGUCCCCACUGCUGGAGAGACCGUUGGGGACAGCUGACUCAAGGUUGGAAAAAUCCAUAGGUGCUGCCAGCCCAAGGCCCCAACCACUGGAAAAGACUCCGGUCCCUGCUGGCCUGAGACCGCCGCCGCCAGAGAGGCUGCUAGCCGCCGGCAGUCCCAGACCCCCGACUUCAGACAGGCCCCCCGAGAAACCCCAUGCCUCUUUCUCCCAGAGACUUCCGCCUACUGACACGGUAAUAUCGGCUGUGGUCCAGUCCCUGGUAGCAAAAGAAAAAGCACUGAGGCCUGUAGACCAGAAUACCCAGGCAAAAAACAGAGCUGCUUUGGUGAUGGAUCUCAUGGACUUGGCCCCUCCUCAUAAGGAGCGGGCAGCCUCUCCUCAUGAGGCCACACCACAGGCGGACGAGAAGCUGCCGGUGUUGGAAUCGAGCCCGUGGCCUGGCAGCAAAGGCCUGGGGCAGAUGCCACGUGCAGCUGAGAGGAGCAGUGUGUCAGACCCUAUCUUGCCGCCACCUGGGAAAGCAGCGAGCCCAUUGGAGCACCCCUGGCAAGCUGUUAGAUCACUCACCCAAGCCAGACUUCUUUCUCAGCCCUCUGCCAAGGCUUUUUUAUUUGAGUCUUCUGCACAGGCCUCAGGAAGAGCAUCUACCGGGGCUGAGCAGAUGGCAGGGUCUCCCAGCCCAGCGGUGGGCCUGCUGAAGCAGGUGAAACAGAUAACUGCAGGCCAGCAGCUACCAGGACUAGCUGCCAAGAGUGGGCCAUCCUACAGGUCUCUUGGGAAGAUCCCAGUCUCCCUCCCCAAAGAAGAGAAGAAGUUGGCAGCCCCGGAUCAGAGUCCCUGGGGUCUGGGAAAGACCUCGGCAGUGUCAGGGCUCUGGCCUUUGGUGGCAGGACAGACACUGGCGCACACUCGCUGGUCUACUGGGAGCACUCACACAUUGACCCAGACUCGUUGGUCUCUUGGAAGAGGGCAAGACCCUAAACCGGAGAAAAAUACACUUCCAGCUCUUAAUCAGGCUCCUUCCAGUCACACGUGUCCAGAAUCAGAACAAAAAUAAGCAGUGAAUGUCACCUGACCAAGACCAGCUGCCCCAGGGUCCUUGGGGAAGGGGACUCUUCCUCUCUUUCUUUCCCCCUUAAAGCAGGUCCCCACACUUUCCCACUGUUACUCGUUCCUUAUGUCCCAACACUCAGAACUCUCGUGACAUUAGUCAGUGGGGGCUUAUGGUUGUCAAACCGUGAAUGGAAAUUCAAGCAGGCCCAGCAAGGAGACAGACAGACGUGGGUCCUGCCUCCGGUCUGUACAUGGUCCGUUUAAAAUAAAGAGUCCACUCUGCAGUCAA